CGAGACGAAGACUUUGACACGUCGUAUGAAAGCCUGUUGUCACUGGCCGCGACGCUUGGAGACGUGCAGCCGCGUUGUACACCCGACAAUGUUAUUUCUUCGUUACCUACUGCCCCUUACCAGCAAUGGGCCACCAGCGACAGUGAUCAACGGUGUCCAAUCUGUCUCGACGAUUACCAGCCUGAAGACCAGUGCUCCAAGCUUGAAGGCUGCUCUCACUGGUUGCACAAAGAUUGUCUCUCAGUACGUGCCUACGCUCUCCUCUUGUGUUAUAUCUCACUCUCAAUUUUCUUAUUUCUCUAG